GGCCCGGCGGAAGGACGGCAUGCCGGGGGCGGCGGAGCGGUAGCGGGGGCGCGGAGUCGUUGCCGGCGCGGCGAUGCGGCUGCUCGGUGCCUUCCUGAGGCUGCUGGUGGCCGCGACGCUGGGGGCGCCUCCUGCCCCGGCCCCGGAGGCGCGGGGGACCGCCAGCGCGGAGCCGGCCGUCCUGACCUUUCGGGAGAUCUGGAACCGUAGUUUCUGCCGGCCCCUGGAGCAGCUGGUGGACGUCAUCAGCGAGUUCCCCAACGAGGUGGAGUACAUUUUCAGACCCUCCUGCGUCUCCCUGCAGCGCUGCGGAGGCUGCUGUGGGGAUGAGGGUCUCCGCUGUGUCCCUGUGGAAACAAACACGGUCACCAUGCAGCUCCUGAAGAUAAAGCCGAAUGGGGAGGCUCCCUACGUGGAGAUGGUGUUCACCGAGCACAAGCAGUGCGAGUGCAGGCCCCGGCAGGACCUGAUGAGGCUGGGAAGGAGAAGGCCUAAGGGUCGAGGUAAGAGAAGACAAGAGAGGACGAGACGUAAAGGCUGUGAACUAUGUGGCACACCACGCAGGUAGCCUCCGCUCUGCCCCUGGCCUUGCUCCUGUUGCUUGGGUUUGAGCCAGCAGUGUCUUCCCCUGGCAUGAGGAACUUGUGGAGCUGUGUCCUGCCAUGCAGCAGUGGGGAACAGGACUCCAGCAGGGAAAAGCUAAUUAGACUCUUGCCUGGCCCUGGCUGGAAUGAAACCUAUAACUGAGGACUCGCUCACCCCAUCUGCACCAUCAGCAGCAGGACAAAAGGACCUGUGACCAGGCCUGGGGCUGAAGAUGAGGAGCUCAAGCAGCAUCCUGGUGUUUGAGGACAUCCUGUGAGCAAUGAGGAGUGGAGCUGGUGGAUGUGCUGCUGGAGCUGGCUGGUGACAGCAUCAUGGGGAUGGGUGGAGGAGGCUUGGAGGGCUGCAGCUGCAGAGCUGCUCUGUCCUGCCAGUGCCCUGCACCUGGAGAGGAAGGAAACCCAGGGCAGGCAAGGCUGCAGGGCUGUGUCCAUCUGAGCCUUGGCAUGGGGCAGUCCAGGAGGGUGCCUGGAAAGCCCUCUUGGAGAGGAAGGAAUGGGAACUGGGGUUGCCAGGGCUCCUCACAUACUUGCAGCCACAUCCCAGCCUUGCCCUGCUCAAUAAAACCUGGUGGGCGGAUGCAGGCACUGGAAGUGUGAGCGCUCCUGUCUGCUUCUUGGCAACUGCCUGCAGGCAGGGCUCUUCCCGUGGGCUCUGUCCCAGGCUGGAGGAGGGCAGUCCUGCCACGGACCAGGGCUUGUCCCCAGCAGCAACUCCUGUAGCACCCAAGAGGCUGCCCUUGUUGGAGAUGAGCAACCAGUAGGUCAGGACCAAGCUGCUCCCAGGCUGGGGGCUAGCCAUGUGCUGGAGACCCCUGGGGGAAAUAUCCUUCUCCACCACACUGUAGCAUGGAGACAAUACCUCUUAUUCACCUUCCUUCACUUGCUGUCCUGUGGCUUUCCUUCUCCUUUGCUGGUCUGAUGGAAGGUUAGGGUAGAGGAUGCAGGCUGCCUCUGAGCCUUCCCACGCAAGAAACACCCCGCCAGGUCUCAUUCACUUGGUCUGGGGGCAAGGAACAUUCUGGGGUGUGGAGGGGGCUGUGGCUGCUGCCGUUUCCUGCUUUCCCCACUCUGCGUGGGUCUGGCCAGCCUCUGUUUCUGUGUGCCUCAGGCACUGCUCCUGGGGAUCCUCAUAUCCCCUUUCCUGUUCCGGCUACAGGGGUGCUGGGGCUGGCUGCCAAAUGCAUCCUGUGCUGCUCCUUGCAAGCUGCACCUGAAGCAGUGCACAUAGCUGGAAACCCUAAGGGCAAGCUGGACACCAGCAUGUGUGUGGGGCACCCCUAGCAUGGGGUGAAAACAAAAUCAAGAGUUAUUAUUGAAAGCUUCAAGCAGAAGGCAGGAGGGCAAGAUGUACAAAGGCUUCAGCAUUACCAUCAAACAAGGUGACCCAUGGUCUAUCCUGCACUGAGGAACAAGGGAGCCUGAUGCAGCAGGUGUUAGGACCCAAGGCACCUGUUGCCCGCUUCUGACAUAGCAGCCUGUAGUCAGGGCAGUCUCCCUCAAAGCUGUAAUGCUGGUGCUGCUUGUGGCUGGCACAGGCACAUGGGGUCUGGGGCAUUGGCACCCUGGGAAGAAAAGGGUAAGUGUUGAGGUGAUGUGAACCUCUGUGCUGCCAGCAUGCAUGGACUGUGCCCACGCAGCUGGGUAUAUCUUCCAGGAAGCUUCUCCUUGGCUGCUUGAUGGAUGAGAGGAACUUGCUGUUCCCCUUCCUAUGUCACUCAGGGGCCAUGUGGGCCAUGUGGCACCCAGCUGCAGUGGCCAGUCCUGGUCUGUGUAGUCUCUCCCCACACCCACAUGCUGUUUCAGCCUGGCUGGUUGUGCUUUGAGGCUAAGGAGAAGUGUGCAGCACUCGAGCGAUGGUUUCUGCAUUGGUUUUAACAGUAAAAGUUUUACCACAGUAGUAUUAAACCUUUAAAAAGGAAGUUAUAUAAACCCGAGGAUGUUAAUUAAUAAAAGUAAGUUUGUUAAGAGUA